AUGGUGAGGAAGAAGAAGGGGAGGCAACUUCUUAGUAUUGGAUUGCGAUCCUCAAGAUCAUCGCAAGCUGAGGAGGAUCUUAUUGAUACAACUUUCUUGGAAGAUGAUGAAGAUAUCAUGGGUUCAACAGGUCCGAAAGGGGAGAGGAAGAAGAAAUUGAUGGAGGAAAUCAUCAGAUCUGCUGAUUUCUUGUCGAAAUCUCAUCAAUCUUCACCUAACCCUCAACAUGAAGGAAUUCAAGCUCAACAACUCAGCAAUGGUGAUGGUGUCAGCAGUUCUUCUAGGGCUAGCUGGGCUGAUGAGGUCGAUCUUGAGAAAUCUUCUAGUGUUCUUGGUUCAGAUCCAGACAUUUCUAAAUUGAUUUCAUCUCCAAAUACUGUUCCAUUGACGGAUAAAGGUAAAUCUGUUGGAAAUAGAGAUGUUGAAUUGGAAGCUGGGAACUCUGUUAAUGAUUCCCUUUCUAAAGAUGCUUUUAAUGCUUCCCUACCUAAAGAAUCUGAGAAUUCAAUUCUGAAAUCAAGAGAGACUGAGAAAUCUCUUGAUGAUGGAAUGCAUAAGGAGAGGAGGAACACAGAGCCAAGAAAAUCUUUUGUCAGUUUGUUUGCUGAUAAUAGAAAAUUAAGCAAUGGUUUAUCUUUAAAAUUCAUGCCAUCUUCGGUGCCAAACUCUACCUCAUUUACAGUUGAUGAAUGGAAGGAAGGGGAGGAUUUAUGGAGUAAUGCAUUAAUUGGGCAUGUUAUUGGUUUGAACGUCAAAUUUAAAUCCAUGGAGUCCUAUAUUAGCAAAUUAUGGAGCAAUUUCUCUAUUCCGAAAGUCUCGUUAAUCAAGCAAGGCCUCUUUCUUUUUGAUUUUCAAUCUGAAAAACAUAUGAAGGAUAUUUUUGAGGCAGGCCCCUGGUUUUUUGGAUCUAGGCCUUUAGUGUUAAAACCUUGGAGUAUUGAUACUGAUUUGGACAAAAUACAGGACUUCUCUUAUCCUCUGUGGGUUCAAUUUCCAAACCUAAAGCUUAACCUCUGGAGUUCAACUGGUAUAAGUAAAGUUGCCAGUCUCAUUGGCAAACCUAUUGCAACAGAUAAGCUUACUGCCACAAGGCAAAGACUGAGCUAUGCUAGAGUACUUUUGGAAGUGAAUCUUCCCCUCAAUGAGCCUCUUCCUGACCAUCUUGUCAUUCAUGAUCCUGAUGGUAGAAGGCAUGUUCAGGAGGUGAUCUAUGAAUUUAAACCAAGGUGGUGCACACUUUGUAGUAAAGUGGGUCAUGAGACUGGCCAGUGUAGGAGAAAUGCAAGAAAAAUCUGGGUACCUGUCAACAGGCACAAUGCACAAGUUCCUGAUGCUAAUAAAGUGCAACAUGCUGAUGUUGAGACUAAUUCCGAACAAGUGCAAUCUAAUAAUGCACAGGACAAACUUGCAAAAGAUGUUCUGGCAGAUAUCUCUGUGGUAAAUGUCCCUGGUACUGGAGAGGCACAUGUUUUUCAGUCUUCUCCUACUGUCAAUGUCACUGGAUUUACAAGUGUUGCUAAAACUGCCAGAAAAAUCCAACCUAAUGUGCCUGAAACCAAAGUGGCUGAUGAGAAAAUGAAGAUAAUAGCUACUAAAAUUGCAAAGGAUUGGCAAUGGACCUCUAAUGUGCAGCAUACUGCAAACAAAGCCAGAAUUUGGGUUUUAUGGGAUAGCAAUUAUAUUUCUGUCCAGAACAUAAAUAGUUCUGAACAAUUCAUAUCUUUCAAAGUGGAAUCUAAAGAUGGAAAGCUAGCCUGUUUUUUUACAGUAGUUUAUGCUCUUAAUCAAAUGGAGGGUAGGAGGGAUCUUUGGCAGGAUCUUUUGGCUUUUAAAAGGACUGUAUCAGGCCCUUGGUUAGUUGGAGGUGAUUUCAAUGCUAUCCUUAAUGGUGAGGAGAAAAUGGGAGGUGCACAAGUAUCAGAUGCAGAAAUAGAGGAUUUUCAAAAUUUCAUAGUUUCAAACCAUCUCAAGCACAUUAAAUCCACAGGUUGUUUUUUUACUUGGAGCAAUAAACAGGAUGCACAUACAAGAAUCUGGUGCAGAUUGGAUAGAAUGCUAGUGAAUGAAGACUGGAUUUUUCAAUAUACAUCCAGUCAGACAGAAUACUUAAUGCCUCUUUGUUCUGAUCACUCUCCAGGUCUAAUAACAAUCAGUGAUGAGCAAAAUGAAGGUAAGAGACCAUUUAAAUUCUUUGCUAUGUGGGCUAAGCAUCCUGAUUUCAGUGAUGAGCAAAAUGAAGGUAAGAGACCAUUUAAAUUCUUUGCUAUGUGGGCUAAGCAUCCUGAUUUCAUGUCAACUGUCAGAGCAGUUUGGGAACAACAGGUACAGGGCUAUAAUAUGUACAGGUUCUAUAUCAAGCUCAAAAAACUAAAACUUGUUCUCAGAGAUCUGAAUAAGAGGCACUUUAUGAAUAUCAGUGAACAAAAAACCAAUAUCAGUUGGGGAUUGCAUGGGGAUAAGAGCACGCAACACUUUCAUUCUGUUAUGAAAAAUAAAAGGCAUCAUAAUAAGGUGUUGUCUUUAAUUUCUCAAAAUGGCACCAGGAUCUCUGAUCAGCAAAGCAUCAUCUCAGAGUUUGUUGAGUAUUACAAGAAUCUGCUUGGAUCUUCAGGUCUCACAACAGCACCUAAUCCUGAGGUUAUCAUUCAAGGGCCAAUCCUCUCUCCUAUCCACCGUAUUGAGUUGAGCAAGCCUGUUACUAGGGAUGAGAUCAGACAUGCAGUAUUGACAAUGCCUGAUGGCAAAGCUCCAGGCCCAGAUGGUUUUAGUGCCUCCUUCUUUAAAUCUGCUUGGAAUGUGAUCAAAGAAGACUUGUUUAUGGCUAUCGAGGAAUUCUUUGUGUCAGGAUACAAAAAAUCAUGGGUUAUUUGA